CACCCACCCGGGUUCGAUCCCUGAAUCGGCCGGGUGUCUCACCCCGGGUUGCCCCAUUCAAAUUUGCAGGUGCCUCACACGUCUACGAGCAUGCCAUUCCCAGAGUCGGAGGCUUCGGAAGUUUUUUCUCAAGAUGUGUAGUAUAUGUAGUGUGCAGAUCUUGUUAGACGCAUAGGUGUGUUGUGGUAUGUGUUCCUAUACAUCUGAGCACAUGCUGCAGCUUGUAUACUUAGCUGAGGCUAAAAAAACCAACCAAAGACAAUAUCUUUGGGUCAGAUGAAUUCUCAGAUCACCGCGGCAUCCGCGCUAUUAUUUUUUUCACUCGGAGCUCAUCUAUUUCUUCCUUUUUUUUCUUGAAAUUUCCUUCGUAAGCCGCACCCCUCGUCGCCUUCCUCCUCGCGCCAGCGCCGCCGCCACCGGUUGAUCUCCCCUUCGAUUCUCUGGCUCCCGAUCUUUUCUCCUCCCAUCACCCCACGAACGGAUUCCGUCCUUUAGCUCCCCGUUCAUCUCCUGAAUCUUCCCCAAUUCGUAACUGAGGCAAAAAUCAGGCUGCCCUACCUUGCCCUUCUGAGUCCUCUGCCCGUGCUCUGGUCACAGGAUGCAGUCUUUACUGAGGACCGUCUAUCGGAUCGGAAGCCAUGGCACUUGUACAAGGUUCAUGGAUUUUGCAGCUUCUGGAGUUGCACAGUCAUCGAUCAAGCAGAUGAUGCCUCACAGCUGGAUACGACCAACUGAGAGUCCAAUCAUUCACCACAAUGGUAUCUACGUGAAGGCUUUGGCGAUGAGGGGUUUCUCAACAGUGGGGAAUACCGAGGUUUCUCUUGAGGACGAAAUUUCCAGCUCUACCGCCGUUGAGCACCCCCCACGCAUUAAGUUCAAGAGGCCUGACAAGACAGCCAGGCACAUUAUGAAUAUCUUAAACAAAGAAGCAGUCGAUAAAGUCCGUGUAGAAAGAGCAAUUCCUGAUGUACAGCCUGGAUGUAUUCUUCAAAUGAGGGUGCAAGUUCCGGAGAACAAGCGGCGUGAGUCUACAUUGAAAGGCAUUGUCAUAGCUAGGCGCAAUGCUGGGAUCAAUACGACAUUCAGAUUACGUAGAUUAGUAGCUGGUGUGGGAGUUGAGUCUGUCUUUCCACUUUACUCGCCGAACAUCAAAGAAAUCAAGAUCUUAGACAGGAAGAAAGUCAGGAGAGCAAAGCUGUACUACCUGAGGGACAGGAUGAACGCACUGAAGAAAUGAGAUAGCUCUAGCUGUGGUUUUACGGGGGGUUUUCUGACAUGGAGCUGCAUUGUUUCGGAUGAGAUGGUGCUUGCAGUUGGAGAAGCACAUUGUUUAGUUCUCAUACUUGCCCCAGGACCAAGUGCUAGCACAUGCUUGCUUCUGUUGUCCAAACUUAACAGAGUGGAUCUUCCCCCCUUUUAUGGUUUGCAGCCUAGUGGACUAAAAUAAAAUGCUCAGAUCGCUAGCUUUUCACUUCAUUUCCUUUUUUUCUUGAGAUCACAUCAUAUGUGCCUGUUUUAUGCUUUUGACUAUAGAAUGUGAGCAUGGCUAUCAAGAAUAGAUUUCUUAUAUUACUUAUGUUGAUCAGACUUGGAACAUAUUAUACUAUUAAUCAGAAUUUCCAAAUGUAUGCAA